AGGCGCCUCGCCGACGGCUCGGCCGCGGUCGGCGCGGGGACCUCGCGGGUCCACGCUGCUCGGGCGCCCGGGCCCGGGGCGCACCGCCACCGAGCGGCAGCCGCAGCGCAAACUUUCCCCGGCGACUGCGGGAGCGGCCACGGCGGAGGGCGGGAGACCUGGAGCGCAGCCCUGCGGGGCAGGGCACGGCGGACCCCGCGGCACCGCACAAGAGAUAGCGUGUUGGCAGUGAACGAGGGGCACAUACUUCAGAAAGCUUCCAGAUUAAGUUGGACAGAGGAACAGUGAUUCUGCCACAUUCAUCUGCCUCGACUCUCAUUCUUACUGGGAAUGGACAAUGGAAUGUUCUCUAGCUUUAUCAUGAUCAAACAUCUCCUCCUCUUUUGUAUUUCCAUGAACUUAUCCAGUCACUUUGGCUUGUCACAGAUGCCAACCAGUUCUGGAAAAGACGAGACCAAUGACAACAUCACCAUAUUCACCAGGAUCCUGGACGGGCUGCUGGAUGGCUACGACAACAGGCUGCGGCCCGGGCUGGGUGAGCGGAUCACGCAGGUGCGGACGGACAUCUACGUCACCAGCUUCGGCCCGGUGUCAGACACAGAGAUGGAAUACACCAUCGACGUGUUCUUCCGGCAGAGCUGGAAGGACGAGAGGCUGCGGUUCAAGGGCCCCAUGCAGCGCCUCCCCCUCAACAACCUGCUUGCCAGCAAGAUCUGGACCCCGGACACCUUCUUCCACAACGGGAAGAAGUCUAUCGCGCACAACAUGACCACACCCAACAAGCUGCUGCGGCUGGAGGACGAUGGCACGCUGCUCUACACCAUGCGCUUGACGAUCUCCGCUGAGUGUCCCAUGCAACUUGAAGACUUUCCGAUGGAUGCCCACGCUUGCCCCCUGAAAUUCGGCAGCUAUGCAUACCCUAACUCCGAAGUCGUCUACGUCUGGACCAACGGCUCCACCAAGUCUGUGGUGGUGGCCGAAGACGGCUCCAGACUGAACCAGUACCACCUCAUGGGGCAGACGGUGGGUACCGAGAACAUCAGCACCAGCACGGGCGAAUACACGAUUAUGACGGCUCAUUUUCACCUGAAGCGGAAGAUCGGCUACUUCGUCAUCCAGACAUACCUCCCCUGCAUAAUGACAGUGAUCUUGUCCCAGGUGUCCUUUUGGCUAAACAGAGAAUCUGUCCCGGCCAGAACAGUUUUUGGGGUGACCACAGUGCUGACCAUGACAACACUCAGCAUCAGCGCUCGCAACUCCCUGCCCAAAGUGGCCUAUGCCACCGCCAUGGACUGGUUCAUCGCUGUGUGCUAUGCGUUCGUGUUCUCUGCUCUGAUUGAGUUUGCCACAGUCAACUAUUUCACGAAGAGAGGCUGGGCUUGGGAUGGCAAGAAGGCCUUGGAGGCAGCCAAGAUUAAGAAAAAGGAGCGUGAACUCAAACUAAAUAAAUAUAAUGCUUAUACCACUGGGAAGAUGACGCACCCUCCAAACAUCCCAAAGGAGCAGACCCCAGCAGGGACCGCAAAUGCGUCCGCUGUCCCCGUCAAGUCUUCCGAAGAGAAGACGCCUGAGAGCAAAAAGACUUACAACAGCAUCAGCAAGAUCGACAAAAUGUCCCGAAUUGUGUUUCCAGUCUUGUUUGGCACUUUCAACCUAGUUUACUGGGCAACGUAUCUGAACAGGGAGCCGGUGAUCAAAGGGGCUGCCUCUUCCAAGUAGGCCACUGGCGGCCCCGCAGGAGGAGAGGCUGAGUGCAGAAGGACUCUCCAGACCUGGGCACUUUCUUUCAGCAAAGUUUUUGCAUGUUUACUAAUACAUACCAAUAAUACUGACUUGAUGUUUGUACGUGUGACUCCAGGUGUUUCCCAGAUGUCCCCUUGAUAAAUAAAGCAAAGGACUUUAUAGAAAACCCGGAGGCUGUGACACUGACACUCCGAUGUUCAGAAUCCUGACACCGAUAGUUUACAAACAAGAUAUGUCUAUUUUUAACUGUUCAAAGUGUUGCCUAAUGAUGUUUUUAUACUUUGAAUGUCAUUUCAUACAGAGUUUCCCAGCAGAUCAAUAUUUUACAAAAUGCUCCACGAGUAUUCCUUGACCAACUACUGUAGGAAACAAAGAUCAGAGAGAGCACAUUUUUCAUUCAAAGGAAACAAUGGACAUUUAUAUCCAAUAUCAAUUGCCUUUGAUAAUUCUUACUAUUCUGAAGUCAGAAAAGUACCGUAUGAACUGACAUUAAGACAUAGAAUGGGCUGCAUUUAUGGGGACAUUAAUAGCAGAUCUACAUAGUAUAUUAGAGUAGCGCAUCAAGUAUUUUUCCCAAGGAACAAUUUAAUUGCUUCAAAAUUCUUUCCUUUUUUGGGAAAAUAAAUUUAUUUCCCACCCACCCUAACCCUUGCACUAACUGAACAGUGUCCAAGGAAGAAAAGAAGUUGUUAAAACAGCACCGAUUUCAUGCCCUUCGCAGCCCCUGGCUGCUGGGCCUCUGUCCCUGGAACCUUGGGCCCCUCUUGCUGCCUCCGGCUAGUAGAGCUUCAGUGGUGAGAAAUUGCAACUCAGUUCUUCUCCAUUUGAUUUCUUCAUAUGUAUUUCAUUGUUGACUUACUGCUCUGUUAGCUUUUGUAUAUGAAUCUUUAAUGUUCAUUAAAAAAUAAACAAUGGAUUGAUCUUCA